GGGUUUUACACUCGACCUUCUUCCUCUGCAAACACACAGGAGUGAGUGACGAUCUCAAAGCAGAUAUCAGAAAUGAACAGUCUGCUCUUCAGGACUUCUUCCAAGAGACUCACUUCUCUUGUUUCUCUUACUACCUACAACUCACUCAAACAUCUUCUUGUCCCUUCAUCCACACCAUCAUCCCCUGCAAAUCACCAACAAUUACCUAAUCAAUCUCAAACGUUCCAUUCAAGUGCUGGUUUGAGGAGGAGUUUUCAUGGGUCUCGAUGGGUGAGUAUCAGGGCUUCCGAUGUGUCAACACAGUCUGCGGGAUAUGCGGUUGCCGCCGAUCCUUCAUACGAGGGGGACAGGGCUGCGUCUUCUGAUGGUCUUGAGAUCUCUAAGCUUGGGAUUUCUCAAGAGAUUGUUACUGCUCUAGCAAAAAAGGGUAUAACCAAGCUCUUUCCUAUUCAGAAAGCCGUGCUGGAGCCAGCCAUGCAGGGGCGUGACAUGAUUGGCCGUGCUAGGACUGGAACAGGGAAGACUCUUGCUUUUGGGAUCCCUAUCAUGGAUAAAAUUAUUCAAUACAAUGAGAAGAAUGGACGAGGAAGAAAUCCAUUGGCCAUUGUUUUGGCUCCUACUAGAGAGCUUGCUCGGCAAGUUGAAAAGGAAUUCUACGAGUCUGCUCCCAAUCUAGAUACUCUCUGUGUCUAUGGGGGCUCACCGAUUCAGCGCCAGAUGAGCACCCUUGAUCGUGGUGUUGAUGUGAUUGUAGGCACCCCUGGACGUGUUAUUGAUCUGCUUAAAAGAGGUGCUUUGAAUCUAUCAGAAGUUAAGUUUGCUGUUCUAGAUGAAGCUGAUCAGAUGCUCAAUGUUGGUUUUGCGGAUGAUGUUGAAACAAUCUUGGAAUAUUUGCCACGAGAACGUCAAACCAUGAUGUUUUCAGCAACCAUGCCGAGUUGGAUUGUAAAACUUACCACCAAGUACCUAAAGAAACCAUUAACUAUUGAUCUUGUGGGGGAUUCAGACCAAAAAUUGCCGGAUGGAAUUACACUGUUUUCUAUUUCAUCAGAAAUGCGUGACAGACCAUCAAUUAUUGGACCACUAAUAUCCGAGCAUGCAAAUGGUGGCAAAUGUAUAGUUUUCACCCAAACAAAGCGAGAUGCUGACCGGUUAGCAUAUGGUUUGCAGAAUAGCUUCAGAUGUGAAGCUUUGCAUGGAGACAUUUCACAAAAUCAAAGGGAGAGAACUCUUUCAGGCUUUAGAGAUGGCCGAUUCAAUGUUUUAGUAGCCACUGAUGUUGCUGCUCGUGGCCUUGACGUUCCUAAUGUUGAUCUGGUGAUACAUUAUGAGCUUCCUAACUCCUCUGAAAUAUUUGUUCACCGCUCCGGCCGCACUGGUCGUGCCGGCAAGAAAGGAAGGGCGAUACUAAUGCAUUCCUCUCAGCAGUGGAGAGAUGUGAAGGGAUAUGAGAGGGAAGUAGGAUGCAAAUUCUCUGAGCUUCCUCCAAUCGCUGUUGAUGCUGGAUCCAGAAUUGAAAUUGGUGGUGGUUUUGGUUCUUCUGGAGGUAGAUUUGGUGAUUCAGGAUUUGGUGGAUCUGGCGGCUUUGGUGGUAAUCGAACAGGUGGUUUUGGUUCAUAUGGGGCUUCAUCUUCUCGUGGUGGUGGUUUUGGUAGAUCUAGUUAUGGAGGAUCAGGUGGUGGGUUUAGAGGACCUAGCUCUGGACGUGCUAGUGGUUUUGGUGAGGACUCAAGUCGCCCUAGUGCUGGUCGUAGAAGUGGAUUUGGGGAAUUCGGUUCAGACCGUUCAAGUGGUUUUGGUGGAGGCCGUUCAAGUGGAUUUGGUUCAGACCGUUCAAGCGGAUUUGGUUCAGAUCGUUCAAGUGGAUUUGGCAGUCAGCGAUCAAGUGGGUCUGGCGGUGGUAGGUUUGGCGGCUUUGGAGGAGACACAGAUUUCUAAUCUGUUUGGAGUAGCAGGAGGAUGAGAAGGGAGGCAACUAUCAAUCUAAAUAGGGUGGAAAUGUGGGAGUAUUGAGUAAUCAAUAAUAACAGAAGAAAGAGGAGAUUUGGUUUUUGUUUUGCAAUAUUAUUGUUUAGUUGUCUUCUGCUAAAUAGAGGGUAUUAGUUUCUGGUGGUUGUUAAGCAUACGAGACCAUCUACGAGUAGGUGGAUCCUAACGAUAUGGUGAAGUAGACAAAUGAGGAACCUGUCUGUAAAUCUAGUAUUCUGGGCGAACAAUAAAUACACUUUAUAUCGAACCAUUCUUAUGAGUUUAUGUAAUGAGAAUGUGAAAGCUGAACACAACCUAACCGUGAAGGGUUGGUCGAUUUUUGUC